AUGAACGAGGACCAGAUCAUUGCCCGGACCGUCAAGACGGGCGGCAGGGCCUACCACUCGUUCCACAUGAAACCGGCGGCCAACGUCUACAACGACCUCAUGCAUGACGCAAGCUCGCAUUUGAAGCAUUGUCCCCGCAAAUCCAUCGCCGACUUCAUGGUGUCCUCUGUUACCAAUGCGGCUCUAGAUUCCGCCAGACCACUGGAUGCAGACUACUGGUGUGCCAAUCUCGUCAGCCCCGUCAAGUUUAGGCAGGCUGUCCAGACGAUCGGCUCCUGUCCAGUUUUUAAGCAUGUCGACCUUAUUGUCGUCGAAAUUGGGCCUCAUUCUGCGCUCAAAGGGCCCGUGAAGCAGAUGUGUCACGAGCACAAGUUUGACAAGAUGAGUUACCUCCUAACUAUUGAGCGGGGUGCCUCGACUAUGAGCGUGUCACUGCCAUCGAGGAGACCUCCCCCAGACAAGAUCCAGAUCAGGAAGGGAAAACUGCUGGUUGACCUGCCCAUCUAUCAGUGGAACUACGUCAAGGAACUGUGGGCAGAGCCUCGCCAGUCCAAGGAACAACGCGCCCCCCAACACCUCCGCCACGAUGUGCUUGGAAGCCGUAUGCCCGGGGGAUCAAAGAACGAACCCACGUGGAGGAACCGUCUGCGUCAGAUUGACCUACCAUGGUUGAAGCAUCAUUCCCUUGGUGGCGAAGCAGUGUUCCCGGCUGCCAGGUACUUCGGCAUGGCCACCGAGGCUGUGACCCAAAUGAAGGAGACCAGCUCCAGCCCAGUGGAAAUCAGCGGCUACACUCUCCGCGACGUCAUCAUCAAAGCGGCCUUGGUUAUCCCCGACGACAACUAUGGCAUCGAGACGCUCUUCAGUCUGCGGCCAGGCGUCCACACCGACUGGUGGGCGUUCCAGGUGUCGUCUUGGAGCCAGGACGGGCACUGGAGAAGCCACAUGACAGGCAUUAUUGACAUCAACGUGAAAGCUCCCGGUCAUGACGCAGCGCGCCACGCGCAAGGCGUGGAACCAGGCGUUGAAGGACGUCGGAUUCGACUACGGACCGUCUUUCUAGGAUAUGCAGGACAUCCGCACCGACGGCAAGCGUUUCCACGCCGCCGCGUCAUCAGUCGUCAAGAAGACGUCGGACCUGAUCGAGGGCGAGUCACGCUACGUCUUGCAUCCCUCCACAAUCGACUCGUGCCUUCAGCUCACUAUCGUGUCCAUCUACGCUGGCAAGAUGGAGGACAUGACCUCCAUUUUAAGCCACCGACAAAAGCCCAGCUGCAGAACCCCGAGGCAAAUGCUUACUCCUGGACCGAAGAGCGUGGCGUUCGCUUGACCAUUAAUGAAACCCAGUUGGUGGGGAGCGAUGGGCAGCUGUUGCUCUCUCUAGAAGGUAUGCGAUGUGUUGCCUAUGAGGCCGCUGUUCCUCAGAUCCGCGGGACUGUCCUGAAGGAGCAGCCUUUUAUGAAGAUGGGCUGGAACGUAGACAUGGACACACUUACAUCAGCAAGCCCUGUGAAGUCUGUCGGUCUCGCGGACCUGGUGGCCUUGGCUGCCUGGAAGAACCCUGGCGGAAGGGUCCUGGAGUUUGGUGCCUUGAACUCGACUGCUAUAUGCCAAGCUACGGAACUGAUCAACUACACCGCGACCGCGACGUCUAAGCCCGGGUUGGAAGCCCUCGAGGACACUAUUGCUGGGUUUGAUCACGCGACUGCUAUAAACGGGUUGAAAGCAGGCCAAUUCAAUCUCAUCAUUCCAGGCACUCUGACCGAUCCCUCAAAACUUGCCUCGUUGCUCGCCCCGGGUGGCCGCAUCGUGUCUGACCAAUCCACCUUGUCGUCGCUCGGAAAAGACUUCUCCAUCUUGAACCUGUCCAACGGCAUUGCCAUUGCCACAGGCGUGGCAGAACAGAAGACAAGCGGCAUCAACGGCGUCCGUACAAGGUCUAUCGCCAUUAUCUACCGUAACAAGCCGACCGAAAUCCCCUGCAAACUGGUAAAGGCAUGCAAUGCGCUUGGAUCCUCGUGGCUCGCCCGAUUAGCCGACGCUAGCAUUGCUACUUCAGAACAUGUGGUCCUUACCUACGACCUAGAGAGGCCGCUGAUAUUGGAACUGGAGCCUAGCGAGCUUGCCGGAUUGCAUAAUAUUGUCUCCAACGCCUCUUCCGAUACUUGGGUCACCGCGGGUGGGCUCAUGAAGGGGGCCACGCCGGAGCAGGCCAUGGCGUCUGGCGUCGCUCGCUCGGUGACGUCUGAGAUGGCUUCCCUUGAUUUCACCACUUUGGAUCUGGGCCUAGGCAGCACGACGACGGAUUAUGCCAUUAACGAGAUUGACAAGGAGUCGGAAUACUGCCUCGCCGAUGGGCUGGUGGACAUAAGUCGGCUCGUGCCUGACGCUACGCUCAACCAGGAGUAUGGGCCGCAGAAUUCUAUUCCCAAGGCCACGCCUUUUAAGCCCUCUGAUAAGUUGGUGGCCACGGCCAAAGCAGUAAAGGUGACAUUCUCUCAUGAUGAACGUGACGACCGGACCGUUGGAGCCGACCAAAUCCAUGUUCAAGUCAUGCUGUCUGGUGUCAACAAGGAGCACGUUCUUGUCAUGGAGGGUGCUGACUCACUCACCACCUUUUCGCAUGAAAUCUAUGGAGCUGUCGUGCAGAAAGGGGUUAAUGUUGAGGUCAUUAAUGUCGGAGACCGUGUGUUCGGCUUCAGUGCUGACAGACUGGCCACGUUCCAGACCGUCUCGGCGAGCAUGGUACAGAAGGCUGAACAAGGCGAUGUCCCGGAAGAACUUGUGACGUUACCACUUGCCUAUGCUACCGCAAUACAUGGGCUGACGACCCUCGCGAGAGUUGAGGCAGGGGAAAUUGUCUUGAUUCUCCACGGGACUGGAGAUUCUGGUGCUGCCGCCAUCACCAUCAGCAAGAAAACAAAGGCACAGACUUAUGUCGCGGUGCGUUCAGUAGAGGAGGCCGCCAGAGUGGCUGCUGCGUUCGACCUGCCCGCCGAGAACAUCAUACCCCAACUCGACUCGAAUCUGAUGAUGCGAUUCAAGGAGCGAACCGGAGGACGCGUCGCCGAUGUCAUCUUCAGUUCGGCAUACGUAUCACCAACAAUCUCACAUGAGUGCUGGAGACAAAUUGCAGCGUUCGGUCGUUUCAUCGAGAUAGGGCGAAAGACAGGUCUAAGGCGCAGCACCCUCGACACCCUUCCACCUAGUCGUGGGGCAAGCUACUUGACCUUUAAUGUUCUCGACUUGUACAGGCAAAAGGAGCGUCUUCUGUCCGACUACUUGCUCACUGCGACAUAG